CAAGGCAUAGUCAAAGCUAUUGAAUUUCAAACACUUGGAUUCUGUCGGCAUUGAUACAAGUUAUUGUUUCUGGUGCCAUGAAGAAAAUGCUGCACAUUUCCACUUAUCUGGACUUUUUUCUGUUGAUUUUAUGCAGUCCGUCUGUUGACUGCUGGGAUGUUUACGAGUCCUCUCUUGACUUUCACGGUUUGUCUGUCCGUAAAAAUGACCUGUGGUCUGUGGUCACCGCUGAUGACAUGGGAAUGUGUGCCAAGACGUGUAAACUGAACAAAGACUGUUUGUCAUUCACUUACAACUGGAUAACCAGGAAUUGCCGGGGCCAUCCUGAGAUUUUCGACCGUCAAACAGGAUCUUUCGACGAAGAUUUAGGAUCACAGUAUUACUACAGCAUAACGUACAGUCCAACACCGCCAACAACACCCAUACCAUCCACCACAACGACAAAGAAAGGAGGGGGUCCUCAAAAAGAGGCUCGUGGCGGCGAACAAGUUACUCAGGAAACCACUUCUACCAUUGGUGGCGGACAGGUCACCCAAGAAACCACUACUACCACUGUUGGCGGCCAGGUUACCCUGGAAACCACUACCACCGGUGGAGGAUAUGUCACCCAAGAAACCACUACCACUAGUGGCGGACAGGUCACUCCAUGAUGAAUUAAAUAAUCCUAUUUUGAAACAAACAUAAAAUGAUAUAUUUGAAUUACCUGUCUCAGCUUUUGUUUAUAAGAGAGUGUGUCAAAACAUUAUAGUGAAUAAAUCACCAAGCAAAACGCUUUCUCGUUAUUCAAGGUAUUUAACUUAUUGUUAUUUACUUGUAUAUCACUAUGUACAUUAUUACUAUCAAUAAGAGGGAUUAAAAGAAUAGCAAAUACUUUGAAAUGGCAUAUUGCUUCAUCAGAAGUGUAUUUUGAAGAUAAACAAGAGAAUAGGGGUAUUUUAGAAUAAAGAGACUUGAAAAACAGUUGUCUCAGCAUUUGAUUGCUUAGGAUAUUUAGGAGUAAUAUUGAAUCGUUAGCAGUAAUACUGAUCUUUAAACGAAUUUUGAUGACAUCAUAAUCAAC